AUGAUGACUCAUUUCCUACGAGGCUCUUUAAUAUUCACCUGUCGGCUGGGGAACGGGAAGCGGAUGCUGGGCCCCCCAACCCUCGGAGCCCCCUCGCCUCUCCAGCCGAAGGCGUCCAGGACGAUGGCGACGGUGCCCCCGCUGCCGCCGGCCCCGCCCCUGGGUUCCUCGUCUGGGAGCCUGACUAGUCGGGGGAACGGUCUCCCGUUCCCCACCCCGCCGGCCCACAGCGGCUCCACGUCCAGCUUCGCCGCUGCGCUGAGAAGCCUGGCCAAGCAGGCCGGAGAUCUCCCCGCGCCCAACGAGAAAAUGACCGAGAAGCAUCGCAGUUCUCAUGCAUCGUCAGGGCCGGCGAAAACGAAGCCACUUCUCAUUCCUGCGCACUCAUCGGCGUCGAAUACGCCACCUGUCGUGACCAUUGCCCCUACCCAAGCCUACCCCGGAGAGCCCAAACAGGUAUGUACCCAUCCGUCCCCGAGAGCAAAGAGUGGAAUUCGAACGUCGCGAUAUCGAGUGUCGAUGGCCCGUCCUUUGCAGCUGGUCCCACCGCCCCUGUCGAACGGUGGAGACUACAGCGGCUCGGUGGGAAGUCGCGGGCACGAGGACCCCUUCUAUUCCCUGCCGGGACGGGCGCACCCAAGUGCCGAGGAGCUGCGGAUGGGGUUCUCCACCUUCUCGUCUCUGUAUCCCGUGACCAGCGAACCCGGAUCCACGUCGUCGUCCACGCUUCCCUCGUUCUCGUUGACCGAAUCCAUGUUCUCAGGAGCCAAGAAUCUUCAUUCCUAUCGCCUGGGGGACACCACUCCGACCCCGUCUGUGACCAGCGGGCUCUUUCCCCCGUUCCCCAUCGACCCAGUCGCCUACUCGUCUCUCCCCAUGACCUACCUCAGCCCCCAUAUUUCACCGCACACGUUGAGGCUGGAAGAGCAGCUUUACCUGGAGCGGCUGGGAUUCCUCCGAUCCCAGAUGCUUCCCCCUUCCACCCCGUCGCCCUACCUGUCGAUGACUCCCUUCCUCCAGCCGGAAAUGCUUCUCAACCCUCUCAGCUUCAUGGCGAGAGCGCCUGUGUUGCCGGACAGGAUGAGGCUAGAAGUAGAUCAGGCCCAACAGCAGCAGCAACAAAGGCUCAGGGAGUUGGAUAGAGAGCGUUUGGAGAAGGAGCGAGAAAAAGAGCACCAGGAGAAGGAACGGGACCGCCAAGAACGGGAAAAGCACCGAGAGGAGCGGCGAAUAGAGAAAGAGAGUGAAGCGUCUAGUCAUUACAGAGAGAGAAGCCCGAGCAAUCGAAAAUCUCCUGGAACAAAAGGAGAAAGACCAGGAAGUUCACCAUUGGUUUGGGAUGCGGUGGUGCGGCCGUUUGUCCCCGCCAGGUAUCCGCCUCGCCCACCGACUCCGAGCCCGUCUCAAUGGGGGACAGGUUCCACCAUGGAAUCUCAGUCAAAUCAUAAGGUACCAGUAUCCCAGUGUGGCUCGAGCUCCCGGGUCUCUCCUAGUUCGAAGGGAAGGCACAGUGAGAGCCAGAAUGAAGCUCCUGCCCCCGUGUCUUCCUCUGUGACCACUAGUCAACCUCUGGAAUGUACAAAGUCAACCACUAAGCCUGUUACUUCGCAUUUGGCAGCUCGUCCUCAAUCACAACCCCCACCACCUCCCAUUGUCACCUCAGCAUUGACAAAUGGGAUCACCAGUGGUGAAGACGUUGUGAUACCUUCUAGUGUUUCUGAAGGCUGCAGUCACGAAGGGGAACUGAAUCAGAGGGAUUCUCCUUCCUGUGAGAUGAAAGUUGCAUUUCUUGGGGAACUUGGCCUUGUUCCAAUGUCGGAAUCAGCCAAGAGAGACCUGGAGAGCACAUGGGAAGGAAUCAUUCAGGAAGCCUUAAGGAGGAAAGGUUUCGAAAAGGCAGCUCCCCUGGCUGGUCUACGUAAUGCUGCCGAAAAAUUGGUUCAUCAGGUGAAAGAGCAAGUGUCACAAGUGGAAGCUGGCUACGUAUCUGAAGAAAUGUUGGAGUCCCUCAAUCAGAGCCCCCUUAUGAACAUGAUGGAAUCCAGGCCUAACUUUAGAGAAAGAUGCAGAGUGAGUCCCAAGCGAGAGGUGCCAGAAAACGCUCGGGCAGCCAGCGAUUGCUCCGACCGGUCGAGAUCUUCGACCGAGGAGACGUCCUCAACCGUCUCUCCCUGGCCCGGCCUGGAGGCCAUCACGGAGAGUUAUCGGCGCUAUGCCACUGAUCAAGAAGAGGAAAAGGCAGCUCUACGGCGUGAAGCCAAAGCUCUCAAGAGAACCAGUGAUCUCCUCAAGUGUAAUUUGGACGUUCUUCGGGGUAAAUAUGCAUCCCUCUCCGCGACGAAGGCUGACCUGGAGGUGCAGACCAAGGCUGCCAAGGACAAAGCCACGUCUCUGCAGCUGAUUGCUUGCCAUCUGUCCAAGUAGAGAUCUAUGUGAUUCUGCCCUAGAACUUAAAUAAGUCUUUUCUUCUUAUCAUUCCAUGCUUUCCCUAGAGGAGAGGGAAAGUUUUGAUGAAUGACAAAUGUGCUGUCUAGCUCCCCAGAAAGCUUGCACACAUUUCUAUUUUCACGCUUGGGCUGUCGUGAGGUUAAGUAAGAUACUUCAAGUACCUGUCGUUUUGCUCUCCUUUCCUUGUGAACCUGCAGCCUAAUCUUGUUACAAUUAGGAAGAUCCUGACUGUUCUUCUGUGGCUCAUUUUCAUAAUGAGUCCAUUACUUAUGGAAGCUUCCUUUUUCCAAGCCUAGUAGUGAUUUUUUUAUUGUCUUUGGAACAAAUGAGUGCCAUUCACUCUAGUUGAAACUAGGUCCUUGACUCAUCACUGAUGUCAUGCUCUCUCUUGCUCCCUCUUGUCACAUUGUCAUGCAUUGUGAAUUUCCCUGAGCUGGUAUUGAGGACUACAUGUGAGCAUGGAUGUUUUAAAAGUCACUCCCAUGUGGAACAAGGGUGUCUGAUGGUACUCAGAGUCUGAAAGAGAAGCUGACAUUUCAUGGUGUUCGCAAGACCAUGAGAGAAGCUAACUCGAUCUAUUAUCUUGUCUUUCAUCAUUUUAGGGAGAUGGCAAUUGUUUUGUUUUACAUGGCUGUUUCCCUGUUCAUGACUUCAAACUGCUCUCGUGGCAUCGUGCACAGGGUUACCCUGCUGUGUAGGGAGAUUGCAGUGGUGCUUUAUCCUCAUUUGAUUUUAUGACUUGAGUUUGCAAUGGUGAAGCUGCAAGUCUUUGACUUCUAGCU